AAAACGGGAAAAAUAAUAAAAAAUACAAAAGCCGUUUUGACUGGGCCGUGUCGUCGAGGUUGGCGGUUUCUCCUCCCCCGCGUAUAAAUAGCGUGAACUCAAAAUGUUUCAAAUCUGUUUGUUGCUGUUACCAUUCUCGGAAAAGAAAUUCUUUCAGAUUCAGAUCUGAAAACAAAACCCCACAUAGAAAGAUUCUGAACCGAAAUGGCGACAGUGUCUCCACUGGCUAAAUACAAGCUGGUGUUCUUGGGAGAUCAAUCGGUAGGCAAAACCAGCAUCAUCACUCGUUUCAUGUACGAUAAAUUCGACACUACUUACCAGGCAACCAUUGGGAUUGAUUUUUUGUCCAAAACAAUGUAUCUUGAAGAUCGGACUGUUCGUUUGCAGCUCUGGGAUACUGCUGGACAAGAGAGAUUUAGGAGUCUCAUACCAAGCUAUAUCAGGGAUUCUUCUGUUGCCGUGAUUGUCUACGAUGUGGCCAAUAGGCAAUCAUUUGUGAACACUUCUAAGUGGAUUGAAGAGGUACGAACAGAACGAGGCAGUGACGUCAUCAUUGUCCUUGUUGGAAACAAAACUGAUCUUGUUGAUAAAAGGCAAGUUUCAAUAGAAGAAGGUGAUAACAAGGCAAAAGAGGUUGGAGUGAUGUUUAUAGAAACGAGCGCAAAAGCAGGGUUCAAUAUUAAGCCUUUAUUCCGGAAAAUCGCUUCUGCCUUACCGGGAAUGGAAACACUUUCUUCAACAAAACAAGAAGACAUGGUUGAUGUGAACCUUAAGCCCACUGUGAAUUCAUCCCAGAGUGAGCAGCAAGGAGGAGGUUGCGCAUGUUAGAGAUACUGUAUUCUAUGAAAAUAUAGAAAAUGAAGCAUUUUCAAUACUCCAUUAUACCCCCAAUUGAAAUUAAAAUACACGAGUAAUGGUGAUUUUUUACAUGAAUUUCUCUGACACCAAGAAGAUAUUUGCAAGAGACUGAUGCUAUUUGUUCAAUAUAUCAUCAGGCUUCAAGCUUCUGGGGGCAGAAAAUCCACAAGAUGGUAAAUCGACACUUGAUGUGUUCUUUUCCUCCCUUUUGCUGUGAUCUUCUUUUCAUUGAAACUCCUCCCUUCACUG